AUGGACCCCGGCACGCCCUCGCGUCCGCCGGACUACUAUCUUGGCUAUACCGGAGACAGCGAUAGUCAUGGCGCGCACGAUUCUCUGACGGGAGCAGCCACCACGCAAUCGCACACGACAUCGACAAACCCUGCCGCUGUGCGUCUCCUGACUUCGAUGGACGGAGGUGGCGCGCUCGACGACGACGCCCUGACGCCUCCUUCUCUGCGCACUUCUGGCGCCCCGUCUCUUCACCGUGGCAGCAUCUCAGCAGUGCCGCCGCAGCUCCCCGAGAUUCGUCCUCUGGGAUCAUCGACGUCGUAUGUCAGCUCAACAGCUUCUUUCCUUACUCCUCCUGCAUCGCGAGCUGCUGUUGCUGCUUCAAGCACCUCUCCCCUUUCCCUCCCCAGCAAAGUGGCUGCCGCUGUGUCUUCGCUGGAACAGCGCGAACAAAGCAAACGUCGCCAACAGAGAGAGCAAUGUGGACGGCUUCAAGAGGCGAACGUGCCUCCUUUUGGCGGAAAGGAGCAGACAGUGAGCGCACGGCACAAGAUUGUCAAGUUUGUUCAGGACCAGUGUUCGUCUCCCACCAGUGUCGAGGCUCUUGAUGCAUCUACCAGCCCGUCUCCGUCUCUCCAACGGCGGCCAGUGGCUGCCCUUGGAAGGGGAAGGACACCGACCAUUAAGCUGCGACGAAAGAUGCCGAACGGGUCCGGCCUAGAGCCUACCAAAUCUGUGUCUAUGCCAUGUCCCCUUGUGUCACAGAGUCGAGGUACAGCAGGCCCUCCUCAGUUGUCUCCUUUCUCUGACGGUUCAACUGCGGGAUUGGGUACCCUGUUCGGCAACGGUGACUUGCAUGACAAGGAAACAUUCAUCCCUCAAAGUAUCCUCGAUGGCAUAACCAGAACACAUACACAACACAAUGCUAACGCAGACAGACUUCGCUUCUCAGCUUCACAGGACACCUUCCAGGUCUCCACGAGUCCCAGUCGUUCAUCCAUCGAUCCGCCCAUCAUGAUGCCACCACCGCCAGACUCAUCGUACUCGCCCUUUCGCGGAGUGCGCGGAGACUUGCCUCGCUCAACUUCGCCUACGCGGCCAUGGACGCCGUCGCGCCGUAGUUACGCCAAUAACAUGGCCCAGCAUGCACACUCGAACUCAUUUUCCACGGCACAGGCGCCCGAAUAUACCCGAGUACCGCCUUCUCCAGCGCAGUAUGAAUCUGCCGAUAUCAAUGGAAGCCCGCGUCCAGGAACGCCGGCUUCUCAGUACGGAGGAAGCCCCCGUCGGCCUCUUCCACCGGCCCCACUUUUCUCAACAGCUGGUGGGAAUGCUCGGACAUCUACGUUUGCCGAUGAUGCGACUGUUUCCAUUCCUCUGGGUGAUGAAGAAGACAUGAGUGAAAUUACCGGCGUCAGCUCAGCUUACACUACGCAUAGCCAAUCACACCGGCCACGCGGUAGCAACGCCUCAUACCGGUACGAGGCUGCGAGCAACAUGGACGACGAAGGUGAUGACGACGACGUGUUCCGACCACACUCCGAGAUUUCUGGUGCCAGUCGCAGCCGCCAGACAAUGUACGGCAACAACUUCUCCCAAGUCACCCUGAACGAUCCUGAAGCAGGUGGCGAAGACGAAGAUGGAGGAAAAGAUAUCGGCGACAUGUAUGCACACAAGAACGGAGUGGAUGAUGACGGCGAUGCCGACAGCGACGUGAACUACAGAAAUGAAAAAGUAGAGCACUACGGGCCCGCGCCCGAGGGUCGGCAGGAGCGUCGCGGUGUUCGGGAACCUCACACGAGCAAGAAAGCCGUCCAGCUUAUUAAUGGUAAGCUGGUCCUUGAAUGCAAGAUCCCGACUAUCCUGUUCAGCUUUUUGCCCCGGAGAGACGAGAUCGAGUUCACGCACAUGCGGUACACGGCUGUGACCUGCGACCCGGACGAUUUCGUUGAGCGCGGAUAUAAACUCCGUCAGAGCAUCGGCCGUACAGCUCGCGAGACGGAACUUUUUAUCUGCAUUACGAUGUAUAACGAGAACGCCUACGACUUCACUCGGACGAUGCACGCCGUCAUGAAAAACAUUGCUCACUUCUGUGGCCGCAACAAGUCUCGCACAUGGGGCGAGAACGGCUGGCAAAAGAUCGUGGUGUGCAUCGUCUCUGAUGGUCGUGAGAGGAUCCACCCGCGCACGCUUGAUGCUCUUGCAGCUAUGGGCAUCUACCAGCACGGCAUCGCCAAGAACUUUGUCAACCAAAAGGCAGUCCAGGCCCACGUUUACGAGUAUACGACACAGGUGUCUCUGGACUCUGACCUCAAAUUCAAGGGUGCUGAGAAGGGCAUUGUUCCGUGCCAGAUGAUCUUCUGUCUCAAGGAGCGUAACCAGCGGAAGCUCAACUCCCAUCGUUGGUUCUUCAACGCAUUUGGCCGCUCGCUUAACCCCAACGUCUGCAUCCUCCUAGAUGUUGGUACUCGGCCUGGCAACAACUCCCUCUAUCACCUGUGGAAGGCCUUUGACACGGAUUCCAACGUCGCUGGCGCUUGUGGUGAAAUCAAGGCUAUGAAGGGGCGCUUUGGAGGGAACCUUCUCAAUCCGCUGGUGGCAUCGCAAAACUUCGAGUACAAGAUGAGCAACAUCCUGGACAAGCCACUGGAGAGUGUCUUCGGCUACAUCACAGUGCUUCCAGGUGCUCUGAGUGCGUACCGCUACCACGCCCUGCAAAAUGACGAGACCGGCCACGGCCCCCUCAGCCAAUACUUCAAGGGAGAAACCCUCCACGGCCAACAUGCUGACGUGUUCACUGCAAACAUGUACCUGGCCGAGGAUCGCAUUCUCUGCUGGGAGCUUGUAGCGAAACGUGGCGAGCGCUGGGUCCUGAAGUAUGUCAAGAGCUGUACUGGCGAGACUGACGUUCCGGAUAGUGUACCGGAAUUCAUCUCGCAGCGGCGACGGUGGCUGAAUGGUGCCUUCUUUGCGGCUGUGUACUCACUUGUGCACUUCAAGCAGCUGUGGUCAACGGAUCACACGAUUCCCCGCAAGAUUCUGCUGCACAUAGAGUUCUUGUACCAGCUUCUCCAACUGCUGUUCACGUACUUCUCCCUGGCAAACUUCUACCUCACAUUCUAUUUCGUCGCCGGUGGUCUGGCCGAUCCGACUGUGGAUCCCUUCGGUCACAAUAUCGGGUCGUACAUCUUUACGGUUCUCCGGUAUACUUGCACUCUUUUGAUUGCUACCCAAUUCAUUUUGUCUCUGGGUAAUCGUCCCCAGGGUGCCAAGAAGCUGUACAUGACCAGCAUGAUCGUGUACGGCAUCAUCAUGGUCUACACGACGUUUGCGACGCUCUACAUUGUGAUUCGGCAACUGCGCGACUCUAGCACCGUCCUAAAAAUCGGCAACAACGUAUUCACCAACCUCAUCGUUUCUACGGCAUCGACAGUGGGACUGUACUUCUUCAUGUCCUUCCUGUAUCUCGACCCCUGGCACAUGUUCACGUCGUCUGCGCAGUACUUUACGCUUCUGCCCAGCUAUAUUUGCACACUCCAAGUGUACGCUUUCUGCAACACCCACGACGUUACCUGGGGUACAAAGGGCGACAACGUGCUCAAAACCGACUUGGGUGGCGCUGUGGGAAAGGGCAGCACAGUUGAGCUCGAGAUGCCGUCCGAGCAGCUGGACAUUGACAGCGGCUAUGACGAGGCCCUGCGGAAUCUGCGCGAUCGUGUCGAAGUUCCCCCGGCCCCCGUCUCCGAGGCGCAGAUGCAGGAAGACUACUACAAGAGCGUGCGGACGUACAUGGUCGUGACAUGGAUGAUUGCCAACGGCAUCCUGGCCAUGGCCGUGUCUGAGGCGUACGGCUCUAGUGGCAUCGGCAACAACUUCUACCUGCGCUUCAUUCUUUGGUCUGUGGCGAGUCUGGCACUGUUCCGUGCGAUUGGCUCAACCACAUUUGCUGUCAUCAACGCGAUCAAUGUUAUUAUUGAGGGUCGCGUUCGUUUGUCGCUUAAAGUGCCUGAGUGGAUUGGUGGCUUCGGCUCAAAGAUGAGCGAGACGAUGAGCAGCAUCGGUAGCAGCGUGCGGCGAUGA